AAUCAAAAUCCAAGUUUGUUCUCAUAAAAUUUCAGCCUUAAUUUUCCAAAGGGAAGCCUAGUAUUUGUUUUUGUGCCCAGACCCAGUCCAGAGUAGUCAAAUUGGGUCACGAGAAUUGAGCCCGAGAAAGAACAAAGCCGAGAGAUGAUAUGGGCCCACGGCAAUCCAAAAGGGAAGUCAAAGAAGAAGCCCAUUCACUAUUGCAUCAACCGAUCCAACGGUCCAAAUUCAGAGGACAAGUUGCACCUCUUCACCACAGGAAAAAAGUCUGAAAAAACAUGGUAAAUUGCGGCAGCGAAGUAGAGUUCAGAGGAAAAACAAAGGCUUGAGCUCUCAAAACAUAGCUGUGAGAUCUGACAAAUCAAUCAGUGUAUAAAUAAAAUAAAAUCCAGAUUUGAAAAAGCCUUCUUUUUUUUUUUUUGGCGAAUCUCUUUCCUUGUGUUAAAAGGAUCGGAAAAGGUUAGGUGAAGCACCAAUGGAUGCUUUGAGGAGGCAAGCCAGCAAGCUCAGAGAACAAGUUGCCAAGCAACAGCAGGCUGUAAUAAAGCAAUUUAGUGGAAGUGGUUAUGAAAGCUCAGAUGUUGUAGUUAUUGAUGAGAUUGAGAUGCAAAGACAUCAACAACUGGAUAAAUUGUACAGGUCCACUCGUUCAGGAAGGGAUUUUCAGAAAGAUGUUAUUAAAGCUGCAGAAGCAUUUACAGCCAUCGGGUAUAAGCAUAUUGAAACAGGAACCAAGUUCUCUGAAGAAUGCUGCCAAUGUGGAACUGAAAAUAGUGAAAACAUCAAUGAAAAUAUUCUUGCUAAAGCUGCAGCUAUUUAUGGUGAUGGUCGUAAACAUGUAGAUAAGGAGCACGAAGAUUUAAUUAAGUUGUUAUCCCAACAGGUUUUGGAUCCCUUGAGAGCAAUGAUCACUGGUGCUUCUCUGGAAGAUGCUCGUCAUCUUGCCCAACGCUAUAGUCGAAUGAGACAGGAAGCAGAGGCACAGGCAGCAGAGAUUUCCAGAAGACAAGCACGAAUAAGAGAAGCUCCACUUCCUGAAAAUGUUGCAAAGUUGCAUGCUGCUGAGGCAAGGAUGCAGGAACUUAAAGCAAAUAUGGCAGUUCUGGGUAAAGAAGCUGCUGCUGCAUUGGCUGCUGUUGAAGCACAGCAGCAAAGACUGACUUUACAAAGACUUGUAGCAAUGGUUGAAGGGGAAAAGAAUUAUCAUUUAAGAGUGGCUGCUAUUCUUAAUGAGAUUGAAGCUGAGAUGGUCUCUGAGAAACAGCGUAAAGAAUCUGCUCCUCCUGUGAUUGCACCUGAGAAUGGCUCGGAUAAAACUAUGUAUUACUUGGCUGAAGCAAUGCAUCCUUUUUCUGCUUCAUCUGAGAAGGAACUGAGCUUGUCAGUAGGUGACUUCAUUGUGGUGCGAAAGGUAAGCCCAUCUGGUUGGUCAGAAGGAGAAUGCAAGGGUAAAGCAGGGUGGUUUCCAUCAGCUUAUGUUGAGAAGCGCCAGAGACUUCCGUCCAAUAAUCUUGCCGGUGAAGUCUAUUAAGUUAUAAUUAAGAGUUAAGCAUUUUAUCCUCCAUAAAAAAAGGCCAUUCCUUUUUUUUUUUUUUUUUUUUUUUUAAUUUAGUCUGUAUAAUGCUUUUUCCUUAGAGGAAAAAGGCAUAUUAUCCUCUAGUAAUCAUAUGGGUUCUUUUGCAGUGUUCAUUCUCUUACCUUCCAUGUGUACUAAAAAAGUUACCAUGUCUUGAUGUUACAUUCUUUUAUCAGUUUAAGCUUAUCAGCCAUGUUUUGCAUAAAUGAAGAUUUUGUUGACUUGGAUAAAAUACAUGGUUGUUUUACUGCGACCUGGAGAUGAAGGGAACUGGUUUUAUAUUUUCUUGCUGUAGAUAUGUGGUAUGUGGCAUUUAAUGUAAGUUUUAGGCUAUUCUUGGCAUGUCCAAAGGUUUUUCUUUAAUUUUUUUCCUUUUC